AGGAAGAAUGUAUUAAAUUAAAUGAAAUUUUUUUUUAAACUCUGCCUUUGCUCAGAACCAGCUCCUCCGAAAUCACUGUUUGCCGUGAAUAAAACCCAGACUUCAGUGACUUUGCUGUGGGUGGAAGAGGGAGUAGCUGAUUUCUUUGAAGUCUUCUGUCAACAAGUUGGCUCAAGUCAAGAAACAAAACUCCAGGAACCAAUUGCUGUUUCCUCCCACGUUGUGACCAUCUCCAGCCUCCUUCCCGCCACUGCCUACAACUGUAGUGUCACCAGCUUCAGUCACAACAGCCCAAGUGUCCCCACAUUCAUAGCCGUCUCAACAAUGGUUACAGAGAUGAACCCUAAUGUGGUAGUCAUCUCGGUGUUGGCCAUCCUCAGCACUCUGUUAAUUGGACUGCUGCUCGUGACCCUUAUCAUUCUGAGGAAAAAGCAUCUCCAGAUGGCCAGGGAAUGCGGAGCAGGAACCUUUGUCAAUUUUGCAUCUUUGGAGAGGGAUGGAAAGCUUCCAUACAAUUGGCGUAGGAGUAUAUUUGCUUUCUUAACCCUGCUACCCUCAUGUCUUUGGACUGAUUAUCUUUUGGCAUUUUAUAUUAAUCCUUGGAGUAAAAAUGGUUUAAAGAAGAGGAAACUGACUAACCCAGUUCAACUGGAUGACUUUGACGCCUACAUCAAGGAUAUGGCCAAAGACUCUGACUAUAAAUUUUCUCUUCAGUUUGAGGAGUUGAAAUUGAUUGGACUGGACAUUCCACACUUUGCAGCAGACCUUCCGCUGAACCGAUGUAAAAACCGUUACACAAACAUCCUACCGUAUGACUUUAGCCGUGUGAGAUUAGUCUCCAUGAAUGAAGAGGAAGGCACAGACUAUAUCAAUGCCAACUACAUUCCUGGAUACAACUCGCCCCAGGAGUAUAUUGCCACACAGGGGCCACUGCCCGAGACCAGAAAUGACUUUUGGAAGAUGGUUCUACAACAGAAGUCCCAGAUCAUUGUCAUGCUCACGCAGUGUAAUGAGAAAAGAAGGGUGAAAUGCGACCAUUACUGGCCAUUCACGGAAGAGCCCAUAGCUUACGGAGACAUCACCGUGGAGAUGAUCUCGGAGGAAGAGCGGGACGACUGGGCCCGCAGACACUUCCGGAUUAACUAUGCGGACGAGACGCAGGAUGUGAUGCAUUUCAACUACACGGCGUGGCCGGAUCACGGGGUGCCCACAGCAAACGCGGCCGAGAGCAUCCUGCAGUUCGUACACGUGGUUCGACAGCAAGCUACUAAGAGCAAAGGCCCCAUGAUUGUGCACUGCAGUGCGGGAGUCGGCCGGACGGGAACAUUCAUUGCCCUGGACAGGCUCCUGCAGCACAUUCGGGAUCAUGAGUUUGUCGACAUCUUAGGACUGGUGUCAGAAAUGCGAUCAUACCGGAUGUCUAUGGUGCAGACAGAGGAGCAGUACAUUUUCAUCCAUCAGUGUGUGCAACUAAUGUGGAUGAAGAAGAAGCAGCAGUUCUGCAUCAGCGAUGUCAUCUAUGAGAACGUUAGCAAGUCCUAGUUCAGAAUCCAGAGCAGACAGGACAUGGUGUGCACCCAUCCUCCCUUGCUUCCAGAGUUUUUUAGGGGCCCUCCUGGCCAUUUUGCUAAGAAGAGACCCUACUUUGUCAUAUGAGGCCAAGGAGAUAAUCGGUCUCCCUGAAGCACCGGGAAGACUUAGCCUUAAAGAGCCUACAGUGUCUUUUGGACUCCUUCACUUCUGGACAUUUAAUAAUGGACCAAAUUCAACGGAACACCACAGAGGUCCAGACGCUCUGCAAAGGGCAGGAAGCACAGCACUUCCAGAGAGUUUCCUUGGCCCUUGGCUGGUUGGGCUGAGUUUUUUUGUUGUUGUUUUUAAGUGCAAUAAUUUUUGUAUGUGUGAUUUUAUCAGGAAGCUGGAUCGUUUUCUACCCACACGACCAACCAAGCCCGUAGCCCAAGAGAGAACAGGAAUCGUUAGUAUCAAAUUGUACCUCAUUGUUAGAAAGCGGCCUGGCCACACAUGAGGAAAUGUUAAUUCUACUUCAAGGAAACUGAACCAGCGAUAUCUGUCCUCCGGCAUUAAGCUGGGCGGGUGGAGGGGUGGAGAGAGAGAACGGUUCUACCCAUAGAUCAACUGCAUCUCUUUUCCAAAUAUGAAAAGCUGUAAUUCAGCUUCAAAGUAGAGUAGAAAAAAUAUUUAAGUCUUAAUUGUUCUAGUUCUUGAUGGUUUUCUUCCUUAUUAACAGUUAAGUGUUGUUUUCCCCUGGGCCCUCUUGAACUAAUGUCACUGUCCAGAUUCUUUUUUCACCAAACCAGAUCUGGUUCGGAGCAGUUUGAAGAAGGACUCUUAAGACUCUACCGCUGUCGGAGCAACCUUGGUGCCUAGAGUUUGCAUUCCUUUUUCUGUGGACCUGCAUACAUGUGAAAGCUAUUUCUCUUGAGAACUACAUAGGCUGUGAAAACGCACUUUCCUCCCCCCCACCGAAGAGCUGGGGGUUUAUGACGUUAGGGCAAUGAACUGCAAGCAUGCUAGGACAAUAAUUUGGCUACUGUCAAAAAAGUUGGCUGUUGUCUCUAUGGACUCCAACCGAGGUUUCUUUUGGUUUUGUUUUCCUUUGGGUUGUCAGUUUCAUUUUAACCCGUGUAACUAGUAACAUUUUCUUCUUCUGGAUUUUGUAUCAUUACAGUACAUGGUUGUGUAUUGUGAUCUACAGGCUGUCAAGAGGGACACUGACAGCACCGUGAAGCCUGUUACUUUGUGUCACUUCCUUAAAAAUAAGAGCUGGUGGUAUGAAUACACCAAGGAAAGUUUUCAGAGCUGAGAGUAAA